CCAGCUAGGUGAGAAGGCCGAGAUCCCAAGCAGUCCCAUUGAUUGGAGUGGCACUUCUCCCAGGAGCAUAUCGAGUACUCAGGAUCAAACCCCGAAUUAAGUACAAAUAUUUGAGGUUCUGCAUAACUCAAAUUUACAGACACUUUCUAUCUAGUAGAAAUCCUGUCUAUUUCCUACAAACACAGGAGUACACAUUCCAGUGGCACAUAAUGGGGUCAUUAGAAAAUCAGUUUAAACCUUUAAAUGCAGUUUUUAAAACAUUAUUUGGGGUGUCACAAGCAUUGAAUGACUUAUGCCUUGCAGAUUAGAAGAUGAUUAUCCUCUGCCGUGCUUGCUGCAGUAGCUUGUACUAGGAAGAGUAUUCUCAAAGCUAUCUCUUAAGCUUGCUAUUCAAACCUAUUCACUCUAGGCUAUGUAUUGUGUUUGACUUCCUGGUACUUUAAAUUGAAGACACAUUUGUCUUCUUAAUCAGACAGUUUAUAUCUGCCAGGAAUGUAUUUAAUAUAAUGUCAAACAUAAUUUAGAUGAGAAGUGAAAGUACAGUUUGGUGUCAUUUUCUGCCAACCAUUAUUACUGUGAGAGGGAAGCACAGCAAGCCAAGCUUAAACGGAGCCUUUAAGCAAUAACAAAUUGAUUCGUCUGUUUAUUUUGGCCUAAUGUUUUUCCCUUGGUUACAAAGCUGUUGUAAGCAUGUGCUAAACAACAGACAUUUAAAAAUUAUGCUAGAUCAGGAAUAUCAGCUUAGAGGAUCAGAUCAGAGCAUCCAAAGGCCUCAGUAAGGUUGACAGCAUUGUUGUUGUCCUUUAUGGGCAAGGGUAAAUGAGACUUUUUGUUCCAGCGGUGUAGGUGUCAUAUGCGGGUUGAGACAGGAAAGCCACAGAGUUCUCAGGCAUCGGAUUUACUCUAAUAAUAGCUAGUGUCUGCCUCUAGAGCUGGUGGGGAAGUGCAACUUGUUCUUUCUGAAAAUGUCAAAAUGUCAGAAAACUUCUGACCCCUCUGUUGAUUGAGAAGGAGCAGUUUUGAAAUAUUUUUCAAAUAAAACACUAUUACCUUUUCAAAAAAUCUGUAGCUAUUUCUAGAUAGGUAGUUUGUCCCUGUAUAUUAUUUAAGUGGCCAAAUACAAUAGAAGCUUACUAACUAUCAUUAUUAACCCCUAGGCCUGAUUGUUUACUUGGGGAAAAAAAACAGAAACAAAAUUGAAUGAGAUUCAAAGAUUUAUCCCCCUGCUUUGGCACAAGGGGCUGCUGGGGGCAGCGAGUGGAGCUUGGUACGGGACUGUGAAAACACAGGCUCUAUUUCAACACCAGCCUGGAAGCAAUCGGAAGUGAAGUGACUUGCUAUGCUUCAGUUCCCCCUUUGUACAAGAGUGGGGAAAGAUGCUUGUUUCUGCCAUAAACUGGUGUGACCUCUACUGUUGAAAAAUGCUUGUAUGAAGAGUGUUUUAUUAUUAAGCUGGGCCAGUCAUGUUAAUCGUAUUCUUUUACUGUUGCCAUCUGUGCUACAGAAUAUUUGCUUUGAAGGAUUAUUCUAGAGCGUAAAUCUAAGUCUGUGCCUCAUAAACCAAGUGUAUUUGCUGAUGAUGGUUGCGUUGAUAGAAGCAACCUUGAGGUCUUUGCCACAUCUUGUAAAUUAGGAAUUAGGACAUGGAUCUCCACUGAGCUUUUUGUGAUGGAGAAAAAGAAAAUUCUAAUGAAAUCCAAGGUUGCUGCUCCUAACCUCCUGAGGGCCCUACAUUCUCUGUACCAGUUCGGUCACCUCUGUGACGUGACAGUUCACACACAACAUCUCGGAAUUCAGGAGGAGUUUCUGGUUCACAAAGCUGUCUUGGCAGCUUCCAGCAACUAUUUCAAGGGGCUUUUCCUGCAUGAUGAGAUGCUGGACACCAAGAAUUGCACAGUGACUCUACAAGAUAUUUACACAGAAGAGUUCACCUCCUUCCUGGAGUUUGUUUACACUGCAGAAGUGGAGAUUGAAGCAGAAAAACUGCAACGGAUGAAAGAAAUAGCUGAAAGACUUGAAUGCAAGGAUUUGCUUGACAUUUGUGAAGAAGUGAAAGCAGAGGGCAGGAAGGGGUUAGAUCUGAGCCUCCAUCUGAAAGGUCAGCUGUGUGAAAAUGGUGCACCACAGUGGACUCGCAUCCAGCAAGAGGAGGACCACAAACUGAGUAACUCUUCCCAAGUUGUGGCAAUACCCAUGCAGAGGAAACUUUGGGAUAGGCAAAAACAUAAGAAGUUGCUGGCUGGCUACGAUCUCAUUGAAGGCCAGCCAGCAAGCCUGGAGCAAGGGGACACCGCUUUUCCAGACCCAAAAUCCAGGACCGCAAAGCUACCAAAAUGUAACAAGACAGAUACCAGAAACAGACUCAGCAUGGAUAUCGUUAGUCUGGAAAACAAGAACAGUCAUUCUCUCCUAAGUCAGACUGAGUCAAAGAAAGCCUGUGUAGUAAUUAGGAACACUCUGCCUGAGCAGUGGGAAGAUGAAAACAGUUUAAUUUCCAAAUUUGCCAGUAAAACAGAACGUAGGAAAUCACCGCGGCAUGUGGCCAAAGUCUUGCCGCAGAUUGCGUGUGAGAAGUGCGACGAAUCAUUCCGUGUUAUCAAGCAGUACCAGUCACACAUGGAGCUCAGGCAUGCCGUUAAUCUGGCUGUCAAGUACAGCUGCAACGCAUGUGAGCAGCUUUUCUCCACUCACCAGAACCUCCGGCAGCACCACCUCACUGUUCAUAGUGAUGAGCGGGGCUUCUCCUGUGUGUUUUGUGACAAGAGGUUUAAGCGCCAGAAGGACAUAAACGACCAUAUCCGCAGGGUGCAUGAGAAGAAGCGGGAUCCCCAGGCCUGCCCGUACUGCGACAAGGUCAUCAGUUCCAAGUGUGGCCUGACAGUCCACAUACGAACACACACCGGGGAGAAACCUUAUAAAUGUGAACGCUGCCCCGCCAGCUUUGCUCAGAGGUCUGCUUACAAUACUCACGUAAGAAAAAUCCAUGAGUCUGGGCAAGAGAGGAAACUUAUGCCUGUCUAUUGGAUGGUAGUUCCAGCUGCGCAUAGACCAAACGCAACAACCUGUGACAAAGAUCCUGACAGAGAGAUGUGGGAUGUGACAUCGGAGGCUGAACGACGAAAGUGUGCGAGGCACGAAGAGGCCAUGAGUCGUAAGGAAGAACCCGGGGGUUCCUCUGUUACCGAAGCAGACUGCAGCACUGAGCAAGAAGAACAGAAGCGGAAAUACAAGGAAGCUGAAGCAAGAAGGGAAAAAAUGAGUGAAGGAGAGAAUGAAGAUGAAGGUGAAAUGAGCGUGAAGGGCGAGGAGGAGGUAGAUUACGAAGCGGGGUAUUCAGAAGUUGAAGAUAGUAGAGAUAAUGAGGAGGUCUGUACUGAGGAGGAUGAUGAGGAUGAUGAAUGCUCUAAUGAGAAGGAUGUUGAAGAACGUGAAUCAGGUGAAGGGUUUAAAAUAAAGAAGGUAAAUAAAAGCAGGGUGAAUAAGAAAUCUGCCUAUGUAAUAAGAUGCGAUAAGUGUAAUGAGCAGUUUGUUUCCCGGAAAAAGUAUGUGGAUCACUGCAGAGAUGUCCAUCAGUGCUUGCCUGGUAAAGUCUAUCAGUGUGACAUCUGCAGCAAGUCGUUUGCUAGUUACAACAGCUGGAAGGAGCAUCGAGCCUGUGUGCACACUGAAGAAAGGCAGUUUGCCUGCACCCUUUGCAAUGCUACUUUUAAAAGAAAGAGAGAUGUGAGGACACAUUAUAUGCGGAAGCAUGAAGGCAGAGUCAAACGCCCUCUCUGCUCUGUUUGUGGGAAGAUCCUCAGCUCCCGAACAGCACUAGUGUUUCAUAUGCGGACGCAUACAGGAGAAAAACCUUAUGAAUGUGGCAUUUGUCAUUCAAAAUUUGCUCAGCCAUCGCAGCUUAAGAUCCAUACCAGAUCCCAUACAGGGGAAAAGCCAUAUAUUUGCGAGGACUGUGGGGCUUGCUUUGCUGAUAAAGGCAAACUGACUGGCCACAAAAGGACCCACACAGGAGAGCGCCUAUUUAAGUGCGAUGUGUGUGGAAAACAUUUUGCCACCAAUGAGUAUUUAAAAUGCCACAAACGAUGCCACAUGGGUGCUAAGCCCUACAAGUGCGAGGUUUGUGGGAAGGCGUUUGGACUGAGAGCCUCGCUAGCCCAGCACAGUAACGUCCAUGCAGAGACCCGUCCAUAUUUCUGCGAACAGUGCGGGAAAACGUUCACCCAACAGGGCGCUCUCCGGCGCCACCAGCGUAUUCACACUGGGGAAAAGCCGUACAAGUGCAGAGCUUGCGAGAGAACCUUCACGGACAUGUCCACCUUGCGCAGACACGUGUCGAUUCAUGACCGCAGUGUUCACUGGAGAAGUUUCUUAAUAGAUCUUACAACCAAAAAAGACCAUAAUUGGUCCAAAAUAGAAACAUUCUCAGAAGCCUGUAUGGGUGAAGACUCCGCGCCGGAAAUUUGGUCGGUUGACCAAGGUAAACUUUAUAAACCAGAAAGCGUUGUUCUUAAAAAAGCAGAACAUGUGCCAUCUAGUGCUAGUAACGCAGAAGACGCCGAUUGCUCCCUCGCAUACUUAUAACGUCAGCUAUCGCCAGGAAACUGCACAGUCUCUCCGAAUUAUCUCAAAUAUUGGUGGCGGUGGCCCCGUGAUGCUCUGUGUCGCCUUUACGCGGGUGAGCUGUAAACUAGUUCUAGGCGUUGCAGUCAGAGAAGGGGGGUGUAUUCCUGCUUCAGAGUAUUUGUGCCAGUUAGAUUUUUAGAUCUGUACAGAGCUUUAUUUUUUACAGAGCGCUGGACGCGUCGGAGAGCCUCUCUUCGUGAGAGCUUGUACAGGUUUGCGUGCUGUCGCUGUACGUCACUGCUUUGUUUUGUAAUAAAGGUGCGCUCGUAACGUAAGUGACCACCCGUCCCGUCACGGGUUC